AUGUACCGAUCAGGAUUGUUAGUAGUAAGCGAUCAAUUCAAGUCCAGUGCCUUCAAGUUCUUAUUGAAACGAGCCGCACAACAUGUCCGACAGACGUUGUAUGUUCAUUAUGAGCAAUUGGACAAGGAAAAGAAGAUCAAUGAUAGCCUAGUCCGCAAGCAGUAUCAGUUAAUUAUCAAAUAUAUAUACAAUUCCGCAUCAGAAAUCAACAAUGAAUUGGAUAUCAGAGUAUUGUUACCGACGACUAUCGGCGAAUGGAGCAAGCGAGAAAUUGCUAAAAGUGUUGAUGUAGCUUUACAAGCAUCCAAUGAUAACUUGCAGUCUACAACUAAUCUGGACUUGAGAUCUUCGCUAAUCAACAAAUAUUCUCUCAAAGAUAGCGACCUCUACGCUCAUGAAAUUUUAGAUUUAAGCGAUUAUGUUGAAAAUAAUAAUAUUGAAGACCAUCUAGAAGAAAUUGGUAAUCACUAA